CGCGGACCACACGCCUCAGCCAGCCGGGGCAAGGGCCUAUCAGGGGCGAGUCUGGGCAUCCGAGCGGGUUUGACGGAAGGAGCGGCGGCGGCGACGGAGGAGGAGGAUGGAGGCGGUGGUGUUCGUCUUCUCUCUCCUCGAUUGUUGCGCGCUCAUCUUCCUCUCGGUCUACUUCAUAAUUACAUUGUCUGAUUUAGAAUGUGAUUACAUUAAUGCUAGAUCAUGUUGCUCGAAAUUAAACAAGUGGGUAAUUCCAGAAUUGAUUGGCCAUACCAUUGUCACUGUAUUAAUGCUCAUUUCAUUGCACUGGUUCAUUUUCCUUCUCAACUUACCUGUUGCCACUUGGAAUAUGUAUCGAUACAUUAUGGUGCCGAGUGGUAACAUGGGAGUGUUUGAUCCAACAGAAAUACACAAUCGAGGGCAGCUGAAGUCACACAUGAAGGAAGCCAUGAUCAAGCUUGGAUUCCACUUGCUCUGCUUCUUCAUGUAUCUUUAUAGUAUGAUCUUAGCUUUGAUAAAUGACUGAAGCUGGAGAAGCCGUGGUUGAAGUCAGCCUACACUACAGUGCACAGUUGAGGAGCCAGAGACUUCUUAAAUCAUCCUUAGAACCGUGACCAUAGCAGUAUAUAUUUUCCUCUUUGAACAAAAAACUAUUUUUGCUGUAUUUUUACCAUAUAAAGUAUUUGAAAACUAUGAA